AUGUCUACCAUGCCUGCCACCCACGGCCACAAUGAGGCCUGUUGCAACAUCCCCCCUGUUGUAACGUCGGGGUAUGCCCCAAAGGGCUGCUAUGAAGACCUCGGAGGGCUGAAGACAUAUGUUACCGGGGCCGAUGAUGUUACUAAGGGUAUCGUCGCGGUUUUCGAUAUCUUUGGAUACGUUGAUCAGACUGUCCAAGGGGUCGAUAUCCUGGGGUCCAACGACAAGUAUAAAGUGUUUAUGCCGGAUUGGUUCAGGGGAAAUCCAUGUCCGACUGAGUGGUACCCUCCGGAUACGGAGCAGAAGCAGAAGGAUCUCGGUGCCUGGUUUGGGAAUAACGCUCCCCAUGCCGUUGCCGACGCGUUGCCGGAGUAUAUCGAGGCCGUAAAGGCUGCCAACCCAUCAAUCAAAUCUUGGGCACUCAUUGGCUACUGUUGGGGAGGCAAGGUCGUAGAGCUUGUAACAUCGCGCGAUUCCAACCCGUUCACGAUCGCUGCAGGCAUCCAUCCGGCCAUGGUCGACGCCACGGAUGCUGACAAGAUCCGUGUGCCAUACCUCCUCCUAGCAUCUCAAGAAGAGCCUACCGAGACUAUCAAGGAAUUUGAGAGCAAGCUAAAGGUUGCCAACCACGUCGAGACAUUUAGUGACCAGGUCCACGGCUGGAUGGCAGCCCGAGCUGACCUCACUAACCCCCGAUCCAAGGAAGAGUAUAUUCGUGGCUACAAGACGGUACUUCGCUUCUUUGCCCAACACUGGUCCUGA